AUGAAGUUCAUGAAAGUGGGCCGUGUGGCCAUCAUCACCCGUGGCCGCUUCGCCGGUAAGAAGGUCGUCAUUGUUCAGCCCCAGGAGACUGGCUCCAAGGCGCACCCCUUCCCCCAUGCCAUCGUCGCCGGUAUCGAGCGCUACCCCUUGAAGGUUACCCGCCGCAUGGGUAAGAAGCUCCUCGACCGCCGCAGCCGCAUCAAGCCCUUCAUCAAGGUUGUUAACUACAACCACUUGAUGCCCACCCGCUACACCCUCGAGCUCGAGGGCCUCAAAGGUGUUGUCUCCCAGGACACCUUCAAGGAGGUUUCCCAGCGCGAGGAUGCCAAGAAGACCAUCAAGAAGGCUCUGGAGGACCGCUACACCUCCGGCAAGAACCGCUGGUUCUUCACUCCUCUGCGUUUCUGAACGGUUUAUCCGGCGUUUUGUCGUUUUGAGCGCUCACGGCUCGAGGUGAAGGCGAGGGGAAAAAAGCAUCGAGCACAUUCGGUCCCCGCAACGGGAUGGAAGGCAUAUACCAUAGCUGGAAACAGAAUCGGGAAUGUAUCGAUGAACUCCAGUUUGCACGAGGGGUGCCACUAAAAUCUGG